GGGCGCGCGAGCAGCGGUGAGCGUUCCGGGGUUGCACGUACUCGCGGCUCAGCUUGCGGGGAGACUGUGACUGAAGAAUGGUCAGGUAAGAGAUAAUGGAUGCACACAGUUCAACCAGAAUCAAUUCAAGGAAGAGGAGGAAAGAGGGAUCUGGACCUAAUGGAGCAACAGAAGAAGAUGGAAUUCCUUCAAAAGUACAACGUGCUGCAGUUGGCUUGCGGCAGCCAGCUCCUUUUUCUGAUGAAAUUGAAGUUGACUGUAGUAAGCCCUAUAUCAGGGUAACUAUGGAAGAAGCCAGCAAAGGAACGCCUUGUGAGCGGCCUGUGAGAGUUUAUGCAGAUGGAAUAUUUGACUUGUUUCAUUCUGGUCAUGCCCGGGCUCUGAUGCAAGCCAAGAACCUUUUCCCUAAUACAUAUCUCAUUGUGGGAGUCUGCAGUGAUGAGCUGACACACAACUUCAAAGGCUUCACAGUGAUGAAUGAAAAUGAACGCUAUGAUGCAGUGCAGCACUGCCGCUAUGUGGAUGAGGUGGUGAGGAAUGCCCCCUGGACCCUGACGCCUGAGUUCCUGGCAGAACACCGGAUUGAUUUCGUAGCCCAUGAUGACAUCCCAUACUCUUCUGCUGGGAGUGAUGAUGUUUAUAAGCACAUCAAGGAAGCGGGCAUGUUUGCUCCAACACAGAGGACAGAAGGUAUCUCCACAUCAGACAUCAUCACCCGAAUUGUCCGAGACUAUGAUGUGUAUGCAAGACGGAACCUACAGAGGGGCUACACAGCAAAGGAGCUCAACGUCAGUUUUAUCAAUGAGAAGAAAUACCACCUGCAGGAGCGUGUUGACAAAGUAAAGAAGAAAGUAAAAGAUGUGGAGGAGAAGUCAAAAGAAUUUGUUCAGAAGGUAGAGGAGAAAAGCAUUGAUCUCAUUCAGAAAUGGGAGGAGAAGUCCCGAGAAUUCAUUGGAAGUUUCCUGGAAAUGUUUGGUCCAGAAGGAGCACUGAAACACAUGCUGAAAGAAGGGAAAGGCCGGAUGCUGCAAGCCAUCAGUCCCAAGCAGAGUCCCAGCAGCAGCCCUACUCGGGAGCGCUCCCCAUCCCCCUCCUUUCGCUGGCCCUUCUCCGGCAAGACUUCCCCGCCUUCCUCCCCAGCAAAUAUCUCUAGGCGCAAGGCUGCAGCCUAUGAUAUCAGUGAGGAUGAAGACGACUAACUUUUCUUCCCUUGUUUCCUUUCCCUCCCUCUGUCCCAUCACCUUCAGAAGCUCUCUUUUGAAUUCCACGUUCUGAUCCCAACACUAAACCUAAGGACAACUACAAAGGAAAAGACAGCCUGGGCAAGAGGAGCUGGGGAUGGGGAAACCAAAACAGCCCAUCCUCUGAGAGCCAGUCGCCCAUACCAAGGAGACUGACUGCGCAAGCCUGUUGCGCAGCUUUCUGCCCUCCCCAAGGACUUUGCGUUACUGUUUAUGUUCAUGUGAUCUUGACAGGGAAAUUGUCAUUUUUAUUAAUUUUUUUAAAACUUAGCCUUUCAAAUAUAGUAAGUAGAACUAAUUUUUUGCCCCUGAGGAGUGGGCAGAAGAAGAAAGUGGUGUAAUACCCAGAGGCCUUUUCUUCCUAACACACUGUAGCGCUUGUCCUCUGUUCUCAAGCAAAGUGGCUGGCCAAGUCCUUCAAGCAAUGAGCCAUGCUGAUGGGGAAUUUGGAGGGAAGAUCAGAAUUUUGGUUACCUUAAAAAAAAAAAAAAGAAAAAGAAAAAAGAUCAAACUGAGUUAGUUACAGAUCCGCUAAAUGAACUACUGGUACAUGUAUGUGUCAUCAUGGCUGUGAGGAGGAGGAGAUUGAGUCUGACUUUUACUCCCUGAGGAGUUGCUUGCUGAACCCAAUGGGGUCCAUGAAGAUGCUGAUGGGGAUGGAACUAAUCUACAUAGCAUCAGCUUUAGUCUUUCUGCUGUGUUUAUCUUCUCAGAAAUUUCUCUUGCCCAGUUAUUUGGGAGCUCUUGUCACUCUUACUGCCAAAGAAGGCACACUGAGGGCUGCUGUAACUGGGGGGGGGGGGGAGUGGAAGAGACUCAAUCCCCAUAUAUCCCUGUAGAUUCAGUUCCUACCGGGAUUAAGUCAGUGCUAUUACCCAGCUUUAUACAAAGAAGAUUUUGUAAAUGUCUGUACUUUGAACACGAAUACUAUGAAAACUUCAGAGCAUAGAGGCAAAGGCAUAAGGAAGCACCUUCCUUUCUUGUCCCCGCCCCCUCCUUUUUAUAAUUAGAACCAGUACUUCCUAGAAUGUAUCUUUUUCUCUGAGGGCUGCAAUUGGCAGGACUUCCCUCCCCUUUUCCUCCAAAAGCCACAGGUUCACAUUCUACCUAUGCCUGGUGGUGGUGGUCCUACCUCCUUGGUUAAGUUGCCCAGGAGGAAUUCAGCACUUUAAAUUUCCACCCGAAGGAUGCUCUGCUUAAUCAACCCUUGCUACUGAGCAUGAUGUAAUUUUUAAGCCCCUGGCAUCCUCUAUCCUGUCACAUCACCUAGCCGACCAUCAGUAAUCCUAGCUGGAUUAAGGGCAAAACUGUUUAUGUCCAGGACCCAUCUGCCUCUCAUAAAUACCCCUUGUAGGGGUGGAGUUUUUAAUGUUUUCAGCAAAGAAAACCACUUUCUUGUCUCUUGUCCCUGUGAACUGUGAACAUCUCAACGUCAGUCAAAGCUACUGGUCUGCCUGAGGGCCCGAGGUUAGUGUCACUGCCUGCCUGGUGGUACUACAUAGGCUCUUAGCCACAGGUAGAGCAUGGCAGAGGGGUGGGACAGGGGAGCUACUUCCUGUCCUGAUGGCCCAUGGGAACUCAUUUCUGACUCUUUUCAUGAAGUGCUGUUUUUCCUGUCAUACCUGACUCGCAGCCUUGGUCAGGAAUCCUAUCUUUGAAGCAGCUGAAGCUAAUGUUUUCCCACAGUGUGCAGCUGUUUGUAUGGCUCAUUUUUAGCUUCUCUGCUUCAGUCUUCUCUGUUUCCUUCUGCCUUAUUCUCCCUGGUACAGAAAGGCAGUGAUGCUGUUUAUACAUUUACCUGCUUGUUCUCUCAACGUGCCCCUCACCCAAGUGUACUGGAAGGCAGGGAGUUGCCCACAGGGUGGCUGCCCUCCCUGCAGUCACUUCUCUAAAUGUAUUGUCCGUGGGCUGCUGUGGCCUGCUGGGCACUGGGAUGGAGCAUCUAGGCUGACAAGAUCUGUGCCCAUGCUGGGGGAGGCACCUGUGCCCGCUUACUGUCUGUCUUCCAACACUAGUAUGUUUUCAGACAAUUUGGGCUGAAAAACUUGCAGUGUGGCUUUAGGGUGAGAUACUUAGGUGCUAGACAGUGGUGCUGAUAGAAGGAUCCAUUGCUGGUCAUUGGUGCCUAGUUAAAGGAGGUUAGUGGUGUGUACACUACGACCAUGCCUGCGAUCUGCAGUUCAUACUGUUGGAGGCUGCGGGACCUCAGGCUGUGGAGCUGUUUCUCUGAAUCUGACCCAGGAAAACAGGCAGCCUGGGUGGGCCAGACAUGGCCAAGACAAAAGAGCCUGGCAGACCUCUGGCCUCAGAGCCUCUGUGUGAGAAGAGGAGACUGAAACAGAAGCCCUGCAGCUGGUGCCGAGGAGACAUUUUGGCUGUGACACGGUGUCUGGACGGAACUUUUUAGCUGUUUACCCACUGAGCUACAAGCACUGGAGCAUAGAGGUUGCCACUGUGCAACAGUAGAAAUGGCUCACUGCUGCAGCUAAAGCCAAACACCCUGGUUUGCAGAGGUUUGAGGGUGAUGGUUGGGGUUGUGAAAAGGUUGAAAAUCCUGAAGCAAAGGACAUGAGGGCGCCUAAGAGACAUCUGACCUUUCCUCACAGGAUAAUGGAGGCAAAACCAGAGCUGCUCUUGCUUUCCUCGAGGCCUCAUAGCUGCUCUGUCAGUGUUUGGCAUGCCCUCCCUCCCCAUGCUUCUUCCUACUGAGUAGCCCCCUGCAUCUGGAUCACUCCUAGACAGCUUGCUUCCUACAGCCCACUGCCUUUUUUAUUCUGUUCCACACCCCUGAUCUAAAAUCUUCCCAAAUCAGCUUGCUGCUUUUCUUUAAUGCCCUAAAGCCAUAGCUUCUAGAUUUUCUGUCAGCAUACAUGCAGCAGGGGUUAAAUCAGUUUAAGUUUUUUAAAAAAGAUUCCCUUAAUGUUUUAAAGACUAUUGGUAUUUUUUUAAAGCUUACCAAUAUAAGUAUUUUUUAAAGUUAUAUUUUUCAAUCUCAUAACAGUGAUUGUUUUCUCUCAUCCAGCAGAUGGUCAGGGGAUAAAGACAGUCCCUAGCUUCUAUUUUUCCAAACAAAUGAGUAGAACCUGUUCUUGGGAUUAUACUAUUCAAUGUGGAUUUUCUUCAAAUGAAAAAGUGUUCUGUCCGCCAGAGUUUCCUGUUAGUACUCAAGCACGGGUAGGAAACAAGAGCAGCAGGUUUCACAGUGGUGUGACUCAGGUUGUCUUAGGUGGGAAGUGGUUCUUCCACCCUUUGGGAGGCACUGACUAUUUGAACACUGAGAAUUAAUUGGUUGGGUGUUUUGUGUUGAUCCUGAAAAGAAAACUAGAGUGCCAGAAAGAAUUGCAGGCCUUGGCAUAAGCAUUCGCCCAUCACCAGUGCGAGUGCGUGUGGAAGUUUCCUCAGUCAGGCUUCAGUGUAUCAUUUUCCUGUCUGCUAUUAAUUUGUUCAAAGUUAUUUUGGCUUGUACCAUUUCGCCAAUAAAGGCAAUAUGAUUUUA